AUGCUUCUUCCAAUCUUCAAUGGCCGCGCACUCGCGACCGCUGGCAAGCCGUCGGGCUUCAUGCCCUCUGUGGUCGCGGCCUACAGCAGCAGUUGCCACAGCAAGUACCAUAGCACCUACCACAGCUGUGGCCUCCCGUUACGCCCGACUGCCACGACUCGGUCAGCCACUCCAUACACCCGCACGCGGCCAACAGCUGCGUUCGCGGCCCCCCUCGCACGCCCGGUGUCCAGCUCUUCGACCUCCCAGUCCGACCCCAGCGCCGCCGCUGCCACGGCCCCGACCCUUACGCCUUCUGCGGCCAACCCUCCACAUACCACGCGCCCGCCGCCGCUCACGUUGCCGGAACGGAAGCCCGAGACAUCGACUUUUAGCCAUCUGUUGGCCACGGGCAAAGCCUACCUCGCCUUUUACAAGACGGGACUGCGGUACCUAUUUGCCAACACGAAACUCGUGCGCGGCAUGGACGCCAACAACGACACCGCUGACGCCGUCAAGGCAGGCCACGCGACACGGUCGGAUCUCUUGCUGCGUCGCCGCUGGGGCCACGACAUGCGUCGCCUGCCGCUCUUUGGCCUGCUGCUGCUGAUCUGUGGGGAGUUUACGCCGUUUGUUGUGCUAGUGUUCCCCCAUGUGGUGCCCUACCCUUGCCGGAUCCCCAAGCAGGUCGAGCAACUGCAGCGCAAGGCGGAGUCUCGGCGGCAAUAUGCGUUCGUGGCAUAUGAAGAAGAGACAGUGGCAUCGGCGCCGACUACGGAGACGACGAUACGAAGCCGUCAUGCCACGGCUGCGAGAGACGUGCUCAUUAGCCGCAGCUUGGGCCUGAUUGCACCUUUCUGGGACCGCAUUGGCCUUGUCAGCGGCGUGCCGGGACUGGCCCAUCGUGCCGUUGAGCGUCAUCUCGCCUUCCUGGCCGAAGACGACGCACUCCUUCGCCAGGCUGGCGGUGUGCUGGCAUUGGAACCAGAGGAGGUGCUCUUGGCCAGCGCUGACCGUGGCCUCGACGUAGUAGGUCAGGACGAGGGCCGGCUGCGAGAGAGGCUGGUGCGGUGGCUACAACUUACACAGCCCCAGAACAAUGACGUCGACGGCAGCGAUGUACACGAACAGAUGCUCACUCUGCUGACGAAGCGGCCAGAGACGUGGCCGCCGAAGAAGAUAUAA